UUGCGUGGGUGGUACAUGCGCAGUUCGGGCGUGUCCCAGAGUGCCUUGCAAGUCGGCAGUAAAAGCCAGGGAUCGCCGAGUGAAGAGCAGAGUCUACAACAUGGCCGCAGAGAGUUCUUGAUGGCAGAUAGCGAAGGGGAAAGCGAUGAAGAAAUCGAUAUUCUAACGAACAACAACGAAAUAAACCACCGUUCUAUGAUGUUCGGGGGUGUACCUAGACCGAAUCAGUACCCAACCAGCAUUUCCCUCGGUCACAUAGGAGCUUGGCAACAAACCGCUACCCUCUCUGAUCGUAAAGAGUUUGAACACACCAGAAAUGCUGAAGAAUCUGCCUCUGAUCAAUCCGAAAGUAGCAGUGAGUCUGAAUCAGGAACAGACUCUGAUGAUGACGAAGAUGAUGAAGACAGUCGACCUGCUGCACCCAUCCCACCCAUUCGGGACAUACACCCCAUUAAGAGUCGACUGGACUCUACCAACUCACAGGACAGUCUUGUCUCCCCAACUGGGACAGGGGGAAAAAGAAAGUUUGAUGAACGUUUUUGGGAGGAGCAACCUGAAGUUUAUGGUAUUCGAAGGUCAGGCCGGGCUCGCAAGGAGCCAGAAAGAUUCCAUAUUGAGCCUGAGGAUUCUGAUGAGGACGAGGUGACAGGGCCAGUAAAAAAGAAAAGAUCAAGUUCUAACAAUGCUAAGCGCAGAAGAUUUUCCUCCAGCAAUGAAGACUGGCCUGCAGCACAUAACUCUAAUGAUAGCACUGUCAGUGAUAGUAGUGAGGAUUACACCCCACGCGUCUCCCGGCCACGCCCACAACCCAGGGCUAGAGCAAGGGCCGCUCCUGCAGAUACCACUCCUAAACCAUCCCCGGCACGGAACAGGUCAACACCUACUCCAAAGACACCUGCUGCUCUACUGAAACAACAGAUCCUUGAGAGUGAGGAUGAGUCGGAAUACAUGUCUGACGAGGAAGCAUCACGUAACUCGUCACGCAGGGCUGCUGUCAACAUUACUAGUUAUAAAGAGGACAGUGAGGAUGAGACAGACUCGGAGGAAGUGGUUGAAUCCAAGGAAAGCCAAGGCGAUUAUGUUGACGAUGACAGAGAAACCAUAGAGAGAGUUCUGCUCAGCCGGAUUGGGAAACCUGGAGAGACAGGCGCAGUAACCACAAUCUACUCUUCUGAUUAUGACACGAUAAUGAACCGCAAGCUUGAUCCUGCCAAUGAACCGACAGAGACACAUUACUUGAUCAAAUGGAAAGGGUGGUCACACAUUCACAAUACAUGGGAGAGUGAGGCAACUCUGGUAGAACAGAAUGUGAAAGGAAUCAAGAAAUUACAGAACUACCAAAAAAGAGAGGAGGAGAUUGCUGCCUGGAAACGCAUGGCAAGUCCUGAAGAUAUUGAGUACUUUGAGGUUCAACAGGAGAUGAAUAACAAUCUGAUAGAAGAAUACAAAGAAGUUGAAAGAAUUAUUUCACACACAACAGUCAAGAAUCUGGAUGAAUUUGGAAAUACAGUGAACCAGAUUGACUACCUUUGCAAAUGGCAAGGCUUGCCAUAUGGUGAAUCAACAUGGGAGGAUGGUAACCUUAUUUCAAGAUACUUCCAGUCAGAGAUAGAUAAAUAUCUAAACCGAGAACGAUCUGAAAAGAUCCCCUGCAAGAGUGCCAAAGUCUUGAAGCAACGACCUAAGUUCUCCUUGAUGAAAAAGCAACCCUCGUAUCUCGGAAGAUCUGAUGAAAGCUUGAAACUGCGUGAUUACCAGCUUGAUGGGCUAAACUGGCUGGCUAACUCAUGGUGCAAAGGCUACUCAAUCAUUCUUGCUGAUGAAAUGGGACUUGGAAAAACUAUUCAAGUCAUCUCAUUCCUUUCCUAUCUCUGUCAUACACAUUCAUUGUUUGGACCUUUUAUUGUUGUCGUUCCACUAUCAACAAUGGCUGCAUGGCAGAGGGAGUUUGUUAUAUGGGCAGAUCAGUUAAAUGUUGUUGUUUACUUGGGGGAUAUUACUAGUAGAAACAAGAUUCGUGAGUUUGAGUUUUUCCGCAAUAACAGGAAGAUCAAGUUUAAUGUCCUUUUAUCAACAUAUGAAAUUCUACUUAAAGACAAGCAAUUUCUGGGCACAAUAAACUGGGCAGGACUUGUCGUGGACGAGGCCCAUCGCCUGAAGAAUGAUGACUCCUUGCUGUACAAAGCCCUGGAGGAAUUCCACACCAACCAUCGUCUACUUGUGACGGGUACACCGCUACAGAACUCACUUAAGGAGCUUUGGGCAUUACUCCAUUUUCUUAUGCCUGAACGAUUUUCAAGUUGGGAGGCAUUUGAGCAGAUUCAUUCUACUCAGGAACAGAAAGAUAAAGGCUUUGCCAGCCUUCAUAAAGAGUUAGAGCCAUUCCUUCUCAGGAGAGUCAAGAAAGAUGUUGAAAAAUCUCUUCCAGCUAAGGUUGAACAGAUCCUGCGAGUUGAGAUGUCAUCCUUGCAGAAGCAAUAUUACAGGUGGAUCUUGACGAAAAACUAUAGAGCACUGAACAAAGGUCUGAAAGGCAACUCUAACACUUUCCUUAAUAUCGUAAUGGAGCUGAAGAAGUGUAGUAACCAUGCGUCCCUGACACGCCCACCUGAAAACACUCCCUAUGGUGCUGAUGCCUUGCAGACACUGAUCCGCGGCAGUGGUAAGUUGUUCUUACUGGACAAGCUACUGGUACGACUGAAGGAGACAGGUCAUCGAGUUCUGAUAUUCUCCCAGAUGGUUCGAAUGCUUGACAUCCUUGCAGACUACCUGCAGCAACGCCGAUUCCUAUUCCAGCGUCUUGAUGGAUCCAUUCGUGGUGACUUGAGAAAGCAAGCUCUGGACCACUUCAAUGCAGAGGGGUCUGAGGACUUCUGUUUCCUGCUAUCUACUCGUGCUGGUGGCCUGGGUAUCAACCUGGCCACUGCCGACACCGUCAUCAUUUUUGACUCUGACUGGAAUCCACAGAACGACCUGCAGGCUCAGGCUCGAGCCCACAGAAUCGGUCAGCGGAACCAGGUAAACAUCUAUAGAUUAGUGUCCAAGGGAAGUGUAGAAGAAGACAUUAUCGAGCGUGCCAAGAGAAAGAUGGUACUGGAUCACUUAAUCAUCCAGCGAAUGGACACAACUGGACGGAAAGUGCUUUCCAAAACCCAGAAUGCACCAUCAAGUGCCAACCCGUUUAAUAAAGAGGAGCUUGCUUCUAUUCUCAAGUUCGGUGCAGAAGAUCUUUUCAAAGAGGGAGACGGCGAGCAUGAUGAGCAGCUACAGGCAAUGGAUAUUGAUGACAUCUUGCGCCGUGCGGAGACUAGAGACUCCGAUGAUCAACCGCAGACCAUUGGUGAUGAAUUGCUGUCUCAGUUUAAGAUGGCUAACAUCGCUAUGGAUGAAGAAGAUAUCGAAACGCCUGAGCCAGUCCAUGAAGAGAAUGAAGGGAAAGCAUGGGAAGAAAUCAUCCCCGCUCCACUCAGACAAAAAGUCCAGGAAGAGGAGGAACAGGAACAGCGGCUCGCCUUGUUCUUACCGCCUCGCUCACGCAAGACCGUGAACAAGAUGAACUAUGACAGUGAAGGUGAUCUUCGAGGCCGCAGGAAGCCAGGCAGGAAGAAGAAGGAGGAGUCGGAGUAUGACGACGAAGACGGGUCAGACACAGAGAACAAAGAGACUGGAAAGAGAAAGCGGGGCAGACCUCGUACCAUCAAGCGAGAAGACAUCGAGGGCUUUGGGGACUCCGAGAUUAGAAGGUUUGUCAAGAGUUAUAAGAAGUUUGGGCGCCCUAGGACAAGAUUGGAUGCGAUCGCCGUGGACGCUGAGCUGGACGACAAGCCGAUUGAAGAGAUUGUCAAACUCGCCAACACCCUCCAUGACGGGUGUGUGCGGGCAGUGAGGGAGUACGAGGAGAAACUGAAAGAAGACGAGAACUUUGAUGGAAAGAAGCGCGGAGCCACUCUUCGCAUCGGUAAUGUCACCAUAAAUGCGCCUUCUAUCCUGAAACAUGAAGAGGAGCUUGAACCGCUCGCCGCCGCCAUCCCCGCUGACCCCGCGGAGAAAAAGAAGUAUCGGCUGACUUUGCCGGCUAAGAGCGUGCACUGGGGCGUACCGUGGGAUGUGAGUGACGACUCCAUGUUGCUGGUCGGGAUAUAUAAUUACGGCAUGGGGAGCUGGGAGGCUAUCAAAGCCGACACGAAACUUGGCCUAUCCACAAAGAUCUUACCCCCAGGAAACCUGAAACCUCAGGACAAACACCUGCAGACUCGAGCAGAAUACCUGAUCAAACUACUAAAACAGGUGGUGCACGAUAACCGCGCAGAGGAGCUACGAAAGUCUUCUCUAAAGAUCAAAACAAAGAUUAGGAAACUGAAGAAAGAUCUGAAGAAGAAGCCGUCCUCCGAAGUAUCAUCUCCCAGUAGCUCCAUGGUACCAUCACCAGCAGUCCCCACCAUCUCCCCCCUCAGUCAGGAGAUCAAGGAGGUAGGGGAGGGUGCUGAGGCCAAGGUCUCAAGUGCUCCGGUCGCUGAACCAAAGAAGAAGGGGAAACCGGGACGGAAGAAGAAGCAGCCGCAUACAGAAGAGGACAAAGAAAAGGAGAAGGAAAAAGAGAAGGAAAAGCCGCCAACACCUAUGGCAGUUAAGAUAGAGAGGGAACCAGAAGAGAGUGAGUCGUCUCGUCUUGAGCCGGAGUCAGUGGCGGACGAGAUAGCGUCCAUCGCAUCCCCUGAAGAUGGCGAACACGACAAGCUCAUCAGCUAUGCCGACAUGGAUAAGGAAACCUUUGAUGCGUGUAAGGAGAAAAUGCGCCCCGUCAAACGUGCGCUCAAGAUGCUUGAGAGUCCCGAGAACAGCGCGAGCGUCAAGGACCAAGUGGCCCAAACCAGGCACUGCCUGCUAAAGAUAGGCGAUCACAUCAUGGAUAUCACAUCGCAGUACAAAGACCACGAGGUCGCGUCCGAGUGGCGAAGGAAUCUUUGGACGUUUGUCUCGAAGUUCACUGCGUUCGAGGCAAAGAAGCUUUUUAAGCUGUAUCGACACGCGGUGAAGAAACGGGAAGAAGAGCGACAUCAGCAUCAGCACGAGCGCCCUCAUCAUCACAAGCACAAACAUGAGCCAAACAGCCUUCACAAGAAAACCAUCGCCGAACAUCCCGUAAACCGACCGUCCGAUAUAAAGAGGGGUAUAGAGAACAUGUCGCUCCCAGUCCCUGCGACCAAGAUCCCCAAGCUCGACAGCGCAAGGCCUGGGGCAAGCCAGGGAGCGUCUCGUUACCCUGGCGGCAGCGGGGAGCCUGGGCAUGACCCUCGUCGAGCUGGAAAAAUAUACGGAGAGAGAUCGAAAGAGAGGAGUUGUGAGCGAAAAGACGGCCACGACGAUCGGCGAUACUACGAGCGCGAGAGAGAUCGGGACCGCGACAGGGACAGAGAUCGGGACCGAUACCAUGGCUCCGAACAUCCGAGGUCUCACGAACGCUCAUCGGAUUACUCUCGAUCUAAAGACUUACAUCCGCGAUCCUAUGAUCGAGGCACCGACCACCUUCCGAGAUCCUACGAGAAAAGCUACCGGCGGGAGGACCACCAUCGGAGUCGGGAAUACUCGUCGGAUCAUCGACAUCCCUCGUUUAAACAUCGGACGAGUAGCGAGUCGUCACGGCACAGCGGGCAAAGUCCCGACGUUUUAUCGAGUCCUGUCCGAACAUCCUACGAAGCGAGGAAACACUACUCGGACGAAAAGCGAGAUCGAGACAAGAGAUAACACAGAUGUACAUAGUUUGUAUAGUAUUUAUACCUUUUUCAACGCAAAAAGAGUGGGUGCCUGAAAUCACCUUUUCCACAAAGAAAGAAAUCCCAAAAUUCCUGAAGCCCGCUUUGAGGGGUACAUCUUUUGGCACCCACUCUUUUUCAAAGACUGUUUCGUAAAAUAAGACUUUGUAAACCCAAUUGUCGCUCGCAUUUUUUACUGUUAUUGUAAUACCGUCAUCAUUUUCGUGUAAGAGAGAAUUUUUUUCCAACUCACCUAGGUGUCGUUUAAGUUUGAUUAUCUGUAUUUGUUUACUUGUAAAAGUCAUUAUUUGAGGUCUUUUUAAAGGGUCUUUUCGGUAGCAUAGGUUUCAGAAGAGAUAAGCUGACGUCUGUCGUUUACUCUAUCAGCUUGUGCUCACGCCUUGGCCGCAAUCCUUAUUAUAUUUGUAAAAUGUGUAUCGAAGAUAAAUCAAGUGUGGAUAGACUAUGUAAAGAAUUUAACAAGUAAAGAAUUUCCAUUUAAUAUUUACAAGAAAA